AUGUCCUCCAACUACGAUAGUUACUCCACGCCAUUAUCUUCCAGAUAUGCUUCGGAAGAGAUGUCCAAGAUCUUCUCCUUGAGAAACAGAUUCUCUACCUGGAGAAAGUUGUGGUACAACUUGGCCAUUGCUGAAAAGGAAGUGGGCUUGACUGUGAUUUCGGACGAAGCCAUUGCUCAGAUGAGACAGCACUUGGACAUCACCGAUGAGGAGAUUGCUGCUGCUUCUAAGGAAGAAGCUAUUGUCAGACACGAUGUCAUGGCUCAUGUCCACGUUUUUGGUAACACCUGUCCUGAGGCUGCUGGUAUCAUCCACUUGGGUGCCACCUCUUGUUUCGUUACCGACAAUGCCGAUUUGAUCUUCUUGAGAGAUGCCUACGACGUCAUCAUCCCUAAGUUAGUCAAUGUUAUCAACAGAUUGUCCAAAUUCGCCUUGGAAUACAAGGACUUGCCAGUUUUGGGCUGGACCCAUUUCCAACCUGCCCAAUUGACGACUGUGGGUAAGAGAGCCACCUUAUGGAUCCAGGAAUUAUUAUGGGACUUAAGAAAUAUGGAAAGAGCCAGAAAUGACAUUGGAUUGAGAGGUGUUAAGGGUACCACUGGUACUCAGGCUUCAUUCUUGUCGUUGUUCCACGGUGACCAUGACAAGGUUGAGGCAUUGGACCAGAGAGUCGUAGAAUUGUUGGGUUUUGACCACGUCUACCCAGUCACUGGCCAGACCUACUCAAGAAAGAUUGACAUUGACGUUUUGUCUCCUUUGGCUUCUUUCGGUGCUUCUGCUCACAAGUUUGCUACCGAUAUCAGAUUGUUGGCUAACUUGAAGGAAAUCGAAGAGCCAUUUGAAAAGUCGCAGAUUGGUUCUUCAGCCAUGGCCUACAAAAGAAACCCUAUGAGAUGUGAAAGAGUGUGUUCCUUGGCCAGACACAUGGGUGGUUUGUUGAACGAUGCUAUCCAGACUGCUUCUGUUCAAUGGUUCGAAAGAACCUUGGACGAUUCAGCCAUCAGAAGAAUAUCGCUUCCUUCUGCGUUCUUGACUGCUGAUAUCUUGUUGAGUACAAUGCUCAACAUCACCAGUGGCUUGGUGGUCUACCCAAAGGUCAUCGAAAGAAGAGUAAAUUCGGAAUUGCCAUUCAUGGCUACCGAAAACAUCAUCAUGGCCAUGGUGGAAAAGGGUGGUUCCAGACAAGACUGUCACGAAGAGAUCAGAGUGUUGUCUCACCAAGCUAGUGCUGUUGUCAAGCAAGAAGGUGGUGAUAACGACUUGAUCGAUAGAGUCAAGAAGACCGAAUACUUCAAACCUAUCUGGGCCGACUUGGAAUCGUUGUUGGAUCCAAAGACUUUCGUCGGUAGGGCCCCUGAACAGACGGAAAAGUUCGUCAAGGUCGAUGUUGCCAAGGCAAUCAAGCCAUACGAAAAGUACAUCACCAACGAAGCUGUUUCGUUGAGUGUUUAGUUUGUUCUGGUGAAUACUAAUAUGUUUUAAUCACAUUAUUUUCAAUUCUAUCUCUCUAUCUUGUCUAUUGUAUAAAGAUUAGCUACAAAAAUUUAAACGUGUUUGUUU